AUGCCGUACGCUCGGCCCCCAGCCACGCCGCCCCUACUGCCCAAGUCACCGCGGCGCCCACAGAUUCUCUUCCGCCACCCCGGCUACGACGAUAGCAUCAACGUCCUCUUCAAACUAUAUGCGAUCGAUACGGACACGGACGGCGGCCAUGACAACGAGGAAGAGGUGUCGCAGCGACCCGGAACCCCAGGCCUCUAUGCGCAGUUCGCCCUCGACGCCUGCGCCAUAAUCGCAGGCAAUCGGUUCAACGGCUGGCUCUCGACUUCACGCAACCCCGACGACGCGCGCAACAACCGAGUCGAUGCCAAUAGCACAUUGGUCGCGCGCAGCUAUUAUUACCACCUCGAUCACGACGAACCCAUCGAUGGACCCGACGGCGAGCCGUAUCGCAUCGUCCCCAACUUCCGCGAAUGGCACUUUCCACACAACCAAACCCCAGCGCACUGGGAGCAGCUUUCCGUGAACGCGACGUCUCUCGACUCGGCCCGUACACCCUCCAACCUCACAAUGGCACUGCAGAUGCGUGACGGAAGCUGCCGUAUAAGCGGAUACCGAGAAGAGCUGCAGGUCGCGCACAUUGUGCCGCAGGCGGAAGUGGACUGGUGGAAGGCAAACAGCAUGUCGAAUUACAAUCGGAGUUUGACCAGCGGCAUGGACGAUACGGCCAAUGCCAUGUUCUUGACAGCGAGCCUCCACAUUGCCUUUGACAGGCCCCGAUUCGUCUUUGUGCCGAAGCCUUCGAGUGACGACGGAAAGAUGCGGUUGGUUCUCCAUCUGCUUGAGCCUUCAGCAGAGUUUGAGCAUCUCUACCACAACCGGGAGCUGCACCAGUCGGACGUCGGGGUUGAGAUGCUGUUUGCGCGUUUCGCAUGGACGCUGUUUCCUCUGCUGGACGCGUUCCUCUCGUGUAAGGAGAGUCGCCGGUUGGCUGUGCGUGCCGCUCUCAACGACCAGAUUCUCUCGCGUGGAUACUUUACUGCCGCGGCUUGUGAGCGGUUCUCCAUGUCGUCGAGCAGGAAGCGGUCGGUGAGCCCGAAGAAACGGAAACCGGAUGAGGAUGCGGUCGACAGCAAUUGUGUUGACGAUGUUGACGCCCAUAGGGAUGUCAACACGAACACAUCUCCUUCUGCGACAAACCUCCGCAAACGUUCGAUCGGAUGUGUGGAUCACGAACCCCUCUCACCGUGUCAAACACCCCCAAGCAACAAACGACGGAAAGCGUCGCCUAUCCCCGAGCAAGCAUCAUUCUCGUCCAACGUCUCGUCGGCGCCAUCCACUGAAUCCUCCACCCGCCAUUCCGACCACGAAGCAGAAGAAUCGUGUGCGAUAGUAUCCCACGGCUCGCCCUUGGCACAAAAGUGGUUGGAACAAGAACGUCAAAGAUCUGAUCCCGAACAGACUUGGACAGAGGAGAUGCGCUGGGUACGUGAAGUAUGGGCUGGCAAGGCCAUGGCUAAUCAUGAAGUUCCGAGGUUUUGGUAUUCGAGUGGGUAUGAGGUGAGGCAUGCGGAACGUGAGGAUGAAUUGGGAGUGGGAACUGAGGUGGCGGAGUAGGUGGAAUAUAUAUGUCGGGGAAAGGGCCUGUGAAGGCUUUCGUGGUGUGCUUCGUGCAUUUUGUUAUUACGCUUUGGGGAUUUGGCAGGCAAAAAGGAGUUGCUUGGUUGGUUGCUUACACGAUAC